AGGAUAAAGCUCAGAAUGAGCUCAGGUUUGCAAGAGAGGUUAAAAAGAAUUUUUAAAAAUGGUUUCUUCAGCUAUGCUCAAAGCAAGAGGCAGAAGAAGCACGUACUAGGUCCUCUGCAUGAAGAAGACAGAGAAAUGCUAUUAGAUGACAGAGAGGAGGAACUGCCCAACACCUACUUUGUCUCUGUCUUCACCCAAAAGGAAAGCAGUGCCCAACCUGAUGAUAACAGAAUAAACAAUGCAAGGAGGGAGCAGCAGCCCACGUUAGGAAAAGAGGUGAGUAAGCAAGAAAUUCACAGAAGAUCUGCUCGAUUAAGAAACACAAAAUACAAGUCUGCUCCAGCUGCUGAAAAGAAAGUUUCCACUAAAGGAAAAGGGAGAAGGCAUAUUUUUAAGUUAAAAAAUCCCAUCAAAGCUCCAGAGUCUGUAGCUACCAUUAUUACAGCAGAAUCUAUCUUCCAUAAGGGAGUUUACUAUCAGAUUGGAGAUGUUGUUUCAGUGAUUGAUGAGCAGGAUGGUAAAACAUACUAUGCUCAGAUUAGAGGGUUUAUUCAAGACCAAUACUGCGAAAAAAGUGCAGCUUUAACAUGGCUCAUUCCUACUGCAGCUAGCCCCAAAGACUGUUUUGACCCUGCAACUUACAUAAUAGGGCCAGAAGAAGAUCUUCCAAGAAAAAUUGAGUACUUAGAGUUUGUUUGUCAUGCGCCUUCAGAAUAUUUCAAGUCUCGGUCAUCUCCUUUCCCUACCAUUCCUACUAGACCAGAAAAAGGUUAUAUCUGGACUCACGUUGGACCUACCCCAGCAAUUUCUAUCAAGGAAACUGUUGCCAGCAGCUUGUAGUGUGUCUUGCUCUUGAGAGACUCCUUUUUAUGUAUAUUAAUUUUCACAAAUGUUUAUGUUUUAGUAUAUCCAGCUAGGCCUAUGAGUGACUUUUAUUUAUUAUUUAAAUUUGGGUGCCUUUUUCAAAAUCAAAAUUUCUUCACGUUAUUUGAAACUUGUUUUUCUUCUCCUCUGUCAAAAGUAACUUCUCACAUGCUUGUUGAGUCUAGUGAGAAGCUGUACAUUUUGUAUUUGUUAGUAUUGCUUUAUACAAAAAUAAAGUUAUUGACUACCUUUCUUCACAAAAAAGCCUGUUGUUACUAUCACUGUGAAAAACUUGUGUAUGUGUUCAUUUACAAAAACCAUUGCAUCUAGUAAAUAGAACUUAAUUUCAGUUACUGUCGUGAUGGGAAGGCAUAAUUGCAGGUGUUCAUUUCCUCCCCACUCCAAAUUACUAUAUGCCAGGGAUGGGGAACUUGCAGUUGUUAUAGUACAACAUACAUGGAGUCCUACUCCCAUCUGCCGCAACCAGCAUGGCCAGUGAUCAGGGCUAAUGGGAGUUUUAGUUCAACACCAUCUGGAUUGUCGCAAGAUCUCUAUCCUUGUUCUUUGCCCAAAUGAACAAAUUUUACUACAGGA